ACGUGGAGUGCGGUGAUAGGUUGAAGGCAGCUGGGUUUUCGCUAUAGUAAGUGUGUACAGGUUUACAGUUGUCAUCGUGUAGUUGUGGCUGGGAAACCUUCCCAAUCUCAUCAGACCUGCUUCGUUGCAUUCCUGCAACUGUAAAAGCUGAAGAACAAAUAGGAACCUAAUAGAAUUAAUAUGGCUCGAGGGCUACAUCGGUGGUUGGUAGCAGUUAUUUCUCUAUUUGGAUUUGUUAGUGUUGUCCUAAGUGACGAAGAAAGCACCCAGUUCGACGUCAAACCCGGAGGACAAGUUAACGAUUAUGUGAAAGAAUGGAAAGGCUUUCAGUGUAAAUUUACGUAUGUCUGUCAAGGAGGAACCAAAGAGGAAUGGAUGAUCACUUUGAAACGUAAGAAGAAAUCUUUCUCAUGUACUGUUUAUCGUCCAAGCGGUUCAUCGUACUUGUUCUUUCAAGAGUUCAACCUUCAAAUCCAAGGGGCACAAAUCCAGGAAGCCAAUGCUUUUGGCAAUAGCAACGCUCUCAGUGCUGAUGAAUAUAAAAUUGACAAAUCACAAAAUUCUGUGUCACAAGUAGCAGGCAAAUUCAAAUCAGAACUUACAAAGCUAGAAGUCAAGGGUUCAUUACAAAAGAAGAAAAAGGAAUUAUGAUUUUAAACGCAUUAAGAUUCCCUCAUGUUCUAAAUGGCAUUCUUUGGGACUGCCUGUUAUUGAUCCUGUUUUCAAAACUCAGGAAACCUGUGUGUACGUUUGAGUUUGUAUGUUUUAUGUUUUCAUGUAUGUGUAAUAUGUUUAUAAUGUAUGUUUAUAAAUAAAGAAUAUAUUUGAGGUUUUUUUUCUAAAUAAACAUUUGAAUAAUAA